AUGGACGCCGCCGGGGUUCCGCGCCCCUCCGCCGCGCCGGGCCGGAGCCAGCCCAGGCCGGAGCUGAAGAUCGUGAUCGUGGGGGACGGCGGCUGCGGCAAGACCUCGCUGCUCAUGGUCUACAGCCAGGGCUCCUUCCCCGAGCGCUACGCCCCGACGGUGUUCGAGAAGUUCACGGCCCACGUGAUGGUGGGCAGCAAGGAGGUGACCCUGAACCUCUACGACACGGCAGGGCAGGAAGAUUAUGACCGGCUGCGGCCCCUGUCCUACCAGAACACCCACCUGGUAAUCAUCUGCUAUGACGUCAUGAACCCCACCAGCUAUGACAACGUCCUCAUCAAGUGGUUCCCUGAGGUCACGCACUUCUGCAGAGGGACCCCCAUGGUGCUCAUCGGCUGUAAGACUGAUCUGAGGAAGGACAAGGAGCAGCUGCGGAAGCUCCGGGCGGCCAAGCUGGAGCCCAUCUCCUCCAUACAGGGCCAGAGCACCUGCGAGCAGAUCCGAGCUGCCUGCUACCUGGAAUGUUCUGCCAAGUUCCGGGAGAACGUGGAGGACGUCUUCCAAAAGGCCGCCAAGGUUGCCCUCACCGCUCUGAAGAAAGCGCAGAGGCACAAACAACGGCAGUGCCUGCUGCUCUGACUCCCGCGGGCGGGGCACCGGCCUCACUCGGGACUGACAGGGGGCCCCGGCUGCUCCCCAGGAUGCAGCCUCACCCCCAACUCAGGAAGUUGAGUGUCUCUAUGGCCUGGUGUCUGGGGCCUGUAGCUACUCAGAACAUUCUGGAAUUCUUCCCAGCUGGGGCUCUGACAAUGAACUGACCUCCAAGCUCACUCGGAGCUGGGGCCCAUGUGGUAGGGGCUGAGGUGCUGGACACAUCCCCUCUGCCCUGGAGCCAGGCUCUCUUCACAGCCUCCCCCUUCACACCCAGUAGGUCCACAACACCGUGGAUGCAGGGAAGCCCUCCGUCUCCUCCGUGGGUCGCCUUGGAAGGGCAGUGCUCCUGCCACUGCACCCCAGAGAUAGGCACAGCCGCAUCCUCCGUCCCUGCUUCCUUCCCCCAGGAACUCGGGGCUGGGGACUAUCAGGAGAGCACAGGCGCCAGCCUGGACAUGGGGACCGGCACCAGCCCCACACCCUCCUCCGCUGCCCGAGGACUCGCGGGGUCCUCAGCGUGGCCGUCUACGUGCAGCCACGCGACCCUGCCGGAGGGCUCACCGGCAACUCCACUGACGGCAUCUCGCGGAGAAGUGCCCGCUGCCACAGCCAGCUUGGGGGUCAGACUGCACGUGCCCUUUCCCAUCUGCACACCGAGCCCGUGUGCCUCAGUCCCCGCUUGUGCUGUCCCGUGGAGGGAGUGCUGGAGCAAGACCACCCUCGCCCAGCUACAGGCCCCCCAAGCCUCCCGGAGGCCUGGGUCCGGCACUUGUUAAUAAGCCAACGGCCAGGGGCUCCGAAGGCCCCCGCGGCUGAGGCUGCUGGUCCCGCGCGCGGAAGCCUCGCCUAAGCCGAGUGGUUUCAGGUGGCUCCGGCCUCCGCCCCCCGCCGCCCCCGGCCCAGUGCUGGGACCCCAAAGAUGCACUUCUCAAGUUCUAGGGACACACUUUUAAGUCCACCUGCCCCACCCACGUUAGGUCCGCGGCUGCCCGUUUCGGUAAAUAAAAUGUCCACGGGACACAGGCUCGCCCACUCGCCUGCUCGCGGCUGCGUCUCCCUGCAGCCGCCGGCGGAGCAGCGGAGACCAGCGGGCCGCAAACGUCCAAUGUUUCCAUCCUUUACAGGAAAGUUCCCCAACUCGGUGUCGGGCGAACCCAGGCGCCGGAGGGCUGGGGGGGAUGCUCGGGGAAGGCAGGUGUAAAGGCGCCGGCGGGGAACGUGGGCAGCAGCCCAGGGCCGCCCGCAGGCUGAGCUCGUGAUUCAGGCCUGGGUUUCCAUGCGGAGACUUAAGUGGACUGGGGAGGCCUCGUUUUUCCAAUGCAGUUAAAAGAUUUUAAUCCCCUUCAAGGGUCAAAGCACGAGGGGGACGCCAGCUGGGAGCUUCAAAGCGGAUGUGCGGGAACGUGGGCCAGGAGCGGAGUCCAGGUGGGGAGGGCAGCGCCUCCCCGCAAGCUGCGGGCUCCUCACCUCCCGCAGGCGACCAGGAGCACCUGCCGG